GUCUCAAUUUCAAAAAAUCGAACAUUCGAAUAUGGAUUCAUCAGAGGAACAUGGCCAACUUGCAACAAGUAAUUUGGGAUGGUCAUGGACCAAAGCUGCUGGUGGAACACAGCAACAAUCCGAAAAUGAGGAAAUUUUUAGAGGCUGUGCCUUAUAUUAUGAAUUCACGCUAAACGGCGAAGCCACGGAGGAUGAUGGCCAAAUUGACAUGCCGUUUUUUGCAACCGAAGAAGGCCGAUAUUUGGCAUCCUCUCUGGGCGACCCUUUAAUAAAAGGGCUGACCGAAGUGGCUAACAAACGACCAGAAGAUCCAAUCGCAUAUUUGGCAACGUAUCUUUACAAUUUUGCACGUAGUCGAGAUGGACCAAAAUCCAGAGGCAGAACUCAAGAAUCUCAUCAAAAUACAGUUUUGGGCGGAGCCCAAACAGCCAAUGAGAGCAACGCAGUUCCAGCCACUAUCGAAGUAGUCACUGUAGAACCGGACGAAAAUGAAGUGGAAGACGAGACGGCCUUUAACAGAACCAGCAGAGAUGAACAUGGCCAGAGCAUGAUACACUUUGCAGCCGCUCGAACUCAUGGUCGGAACGCUCUAUUUCAGCUCCUGCUUGAGACUGAAAUCAACUUAGCAUAUCGGGACGAAUUGUAUAGAACCGCACGGGAUAUCAGCAUCCAAGCUAGUAUUCCUGAGAAUACUUCGGAAAUUGAUAGAUACGUUUUGCACAUUGCUGCCAAAGGAGAUACCAGCAAGCUAGUCGAGCUCCUGCUUGAUGGGUACGAUCACAUCACAGAUAUAGUCAAUGAGGAUGAUACCACUAUUAUCGAUGUCGUUGCAAAGGAAAAUCAGCCUGAAACUGUGUCAUUUUUGCAAUCAAUAUUGACUUUUGAGGAAAAACGUGAAAGGGUUCACCAUGCAAUCAGGCAGGGUUCGAUUGCGAACGUGAUGGCUUUGCUGGCUGACGAAAACGACACUGGAAGCGGAAAACUGCUUGCCAUUGGCAAGAACAGCUAUGGGAGAUGCUCUUUGCAUAUUGCUGUGUUGUGUCAGCAGGAGGAAAUAGUGGAUUACUUAGUAAAUACUUUCGUAGACACUCUACGAAUUGGGGAUAACUUGGAACGAACCGCCCUUCAUUAUGCCAUGGGGGUUGAGAAGAUGGAGACCAUAUCGAGGCUACUCAUCAAAGGUGGUGCAAAGCGAGUGGUUAAAGAUCUUAAAGGCAGACAACCCACCUAUUACUUCUUGAACAAGUCGGACAUUCUACGACUCCAAGAAGAGGAGGAAACAUUUUAACAAAUAUUGAUGAAUCGGUAUUGAUUCCAAGCCACCGCUUAAUGAACAUGAUGUACUCAAUUUUUUACUUACGUGGAGACUUCUGCUGACCGAAAAAGUAAUGCGGCGUUCUCUCUGACUCGAUAAGGAACUUGUGGUCCAAAUUCAACGCAAAUUUAAUAAUUGCGAAUCUAAUUUUCUUUGUACCUUGAAGUUUUAAUCACUCAUAACUGUAAAACGAAAAUACGCCAAUUCCGCAAAACAUAAUUAAGAUUAUUACCUAUUAGGAACAUUUGCAAUUGCCUAGACGGUAGAAUCUUAAAGUAGAAAAUAAGCACAGACAAUGUGUAGGUAAAUAUAUCAGCUAGAUUUGUACUUGAAUUAGACAGAGAAUGUAACUAUUCUCCCAUAUAUAUGCCUAGCAUGGGUAAAAUAGACCUCUUCAUAUGCAGGUGCACUUUUAUAUGGUUGAGUCGUGUUGUAGUUGAAACAUUUAUACCGUGUUGAAUAUCUAAAAGAUGCAUUAUACAUGUAUAUUAUAAAUAUAAUAUUUGCAA